ACUGUUACGGCCAUUAAACAAGCCGAAAUAUUUUUCAUCGACCUUCCAAAUACGAAGUUCAGAGCCGUUUGAUUUGCGGAACCACAGGUAAUCAGAUGAAAUCCAGGCGUCAUUCGCUCAUCAUUCACUUUUUAUGAUUGUUUCUUUUGCUGCCGAGAGGGAGGGAGGUAGACUGGUAGAGAGAGAGGGAGGGUGGGAGGGAGUGAUGGAACUGCAAAUCAAAGUCGCAGAGGCGGUUCGCAUACUGAACCACGAUUCGCAAUCUUGCAACCGGGUCGCCGCGAAUCAAUGGCUCGUCCAGUUUCAGCAGACCGACGCCGCUUGGGACGCCGCCACGUCCAUCCUUACAUCCGAUCGAUCAUUCUUCGUUGAUUUCGAAGUCGAGUUCUUUGCCGCUCAAAUUCUCAAACGAAAGAUCCAAAAUGAAGGAUAUUAUUUGCAGUUGGGAGCUAAAGAGGCUUUGCUGAAUGCUCUUCUCCUGGCUGCAGAAAAAUUUAGUUUGGGGCCUCCACAGCUCUUAACCCAAAUUUGUCUUGCACUUUCGGCACUCAUACUUCGUGCAGUAGAAUAUAGAAAACCAAUCGAGCAGCUCUUUUCCAGUCUCCAGAGUCUCCAGAGUCAGGAUAAUGGCAAUUUUGCUGUUUUGGAGCUGCUUACUGUUCUGCCAGAAGAAGUUGUUGAGGACCAAAAUGGCGAUUGUAACAUUAGUUCAGCUUGCAGAUGCCAGUAUGGCCGUGAGCAGCUGCUUUCACAUACGCCCAUGGUUCUGGAGUUCCUACUGCACCAAUCUGAGCAAGGGAUUGAUGAUUGUAUUCAACUAAAUGAGCGGAACCGGAAAAUUUUACGAUGUUUGUUGAGUUGGGUUCGCGCUGGCUGCUUCUCGGAGAUCCCGCCCUCUUCCUUACCUGGACAUCCACUGCUUAAUUUUAUCUUCAACUCUUUGCAGGUUUCAUUCUCUUUUGAUCUGGCUGUUGAAGUUCUCAUUGAACUUGUGAGCAGACAUGAGGGACUGCCCCAGGUAUUGCUAUACAGAGUACCUUUCCUUAAAGAAUUACUUCUCCUACCAGCUCUUACCAGUGGAGAUGAGAAAGUAAUUGGUGGUCUUGCUUGCUUGAUGUCAGAAAUAGGGCAGGCUGCACCAGCUUUGAUUGUAGAGGCAAGUGCCGAGUCAAUUGUGCUUGCAGAUGCACUUUUGAGUUGUGUAGCUUUUCCUAGUGAAGACUGGGAGAUUGCUGACUCAACAUUGCAAUUUUGGUGUAGUCUAGCCAGCUAUAUUCUUGGCCUUGAUACAGACAAGGGAAAUAGUAGAAAAACUGUGGAAGAUGUGUUUUUCCCUGUAUUUUCAGCCCUACUUGAUGCACUUUUGUUGCGUGCUCAGGUGGAUGAGUCUACGUUCAGUGAAGAGAAUGAAACUCCUGACUUGCCAGAUGGCCUUACAUAUUUUAGAAUGAAUCUGGCUGAGGUCUUUGUCGAUAUUUGUCAGCUUUUAGGUUCUGCUGCUUUUGUGCAAAAGCUUUUCUGUGGUGCAUGGGCAUCUGCAGAUGUACUUAUUCCUUGGAAGGAGGUGGAAACCAAGAUGUUUGUUCUUAAUUUGGUUGCAGAAAUAAUUCUUAAGGAUGGCCAGCUGUUCGAUUUCUCUGUUGUUAUGCGGUUGGUGACAAUUCUGUCAAGUAGAGCAUCAGAUGAGCUUAAGGGGUUCAUAUGCAUUGUUUACAGAUCAAUUGCUGAUGUUGUUGGUUCCUAUUCCAAGUGGAUAUCUGCUUUUCAAAGUAAUAUUAGACCCUUACUAUUAUUUUUGGCUGCAGGGAUAAGAGAACCUACAGCCUCAAAUGCUUGUGCCACAGCAUUGCGUAAAAUCUGUGAAGAUGCUUCUGGAGUUAUUCAUGAACCUUCAAAUUUAGAAAUUUUAAUUUGGAUAGGAGAGGGUUUGGAGAAGAGGCACUUGCCUUUGGAAGAGGACGAAGAAGUUGUCUGUGCAAUAACUAUGAUUCUUGGAUCUAUUCCAAACAAAGAGUUAAGGAACAACUCUUUGGCUAGACUGCUUUCUUCAAGUUAUGAAGCCAUAGGAAAACUAAUCGAUGUAGAGCGGGAGCAUUCUCUGAGGCAGAAUCCUGCCACUUAUGCGCAAGUUUUGAACUCUGCUGCAAAAGGACUUCACAGAAUGGGAACUGCAUUAAGUAAUAUUGCAGUGUCUCCCUCAUCUGGUCCUGUUGAAGAUGAUACUGUUUGUGCUCUGCUGGCGGUAUUUUGGCCAAUUUUGGAGAAAAUAUUGAGGUCUGUACAUAUGGAGAGUUCUAGUCUGUCAACAGCAGCUUGCAGGGCCCUUUCACAAGCAGUUCAGUCUUCAGGCCAGCACUUCCUAAUGCUUUUGCCGAAAGUACUAGAUUGCCUAUCUUCAAACUUUGUGACAUUCCAAAACCAAGAAUGCUUUGUCAGAGCAGCUGCUGUUGUGAUUGAAGAAUUUGGUCAUACCGAAGAAUAUGGACCUCUGUUCAUCAACGUCUUUGAGAAGUUCACCUCUGCAACUUCGAUACUGGCUCUUAGUUCUUCAUAUAUAUGUGACCAGGAGCCCGACUUAGUGGAGACCUACACUAACUUUGCAUCUGCAUUUGUUCGUGGCUGUCCAAAGGAAGUGUUGGCUAUUUCUGGCUCUCUUCUUGAAAUCUCAUUCCAAAAGGCAGCUAUAUGCUGCACAGCUAUGCAUCGGGGAGCAGCACUAGCGGCUAUGUCCUACAUGUCAUGUUUUUUGGAGGUUAGCCUGAACGCAAUGUUUGAAUCCAUGUCUUGCAUUGCUGAAGGGUCAUUCGGUGCAGUGGUUGUUCAGGUUGUAUCUCAUAGUGGUGAGGGACUUGUAUCUAACGUGGUGUACGCUUUACUUGGUGUAUCAGCAAUGUCAAGGGUUCACAAGUCUGCUACAAUCUUACAACAACUAGCAGCAUUAUGCAAUUUUAGUGAGAGAACAGCCUGGAAGGCAGUCCUUUGUUGGGAGUCCUUACAUGGAUGGCUACAUUCAACGGUACAGGCUCUACCAGCUGAGUACCUAAAGCAGGGUGAAGCAGAAACCAUAGUACCAAUGUGGCUUAAGGCCCUGGACAGUGCAGCCUCCGACUAUCUUGAGAGCAAGACAUGUGAUGUUGGAAGUAACCAUGGUUAUAUGCAAGGGAAAGGUGGAAGAGUACUCAAGCGUAUAAUUCGAGAAUUUGCUGACACCCACCGCAAUGUUCCAAAUUUGACGUGAUUUUGGUUAUCACAUAGCAUUUGGCAGCUUCUAUUAUUGUCUACACCAUAUAUUUCAUCUCAAGGCUCUCAAUCCUGUUGGCAGCCGCACCAGUAACGUUGAACUGUAAAUUGAUGGCAGCUUGGUUCAAAUUAGGUGUCCAACCAACCAACAAAGUUAUUUCUCCACCAAAUAUGAAAUAACUCUUCCGAUAAUUCAAUCCUGUACAGUAUUGGGUUUUUUUCCAGAUUUUUUUUAUACCUCAACAUUUGAGGAAAAUUUUUUAUGUCAAAACAUUACACACAGAAACCACCUCACUUGUAUCGAAAGGAAAAUUCAAUGGAAAAGUUUGUCUGUUCACUUGCAAUAAAUGAAAAACUGUGGGAUGUUGCUUUUUUUU